AUGGCCUUUGACUGCAACAAGGAAAGAAGAGUUUCUUCGCCUGAUAAUUGCUCCAGCAUUUGCACUGAGGGUACUCUCGUCCAGGCAAAUCCCUUAUCUCACUACUGGAAGCCUAAAGGUUUGAAGAGCCUCAACAAAUUGGAGAACCAGAAGUCCAGUCAUGGAUCUGUUCUGAGUGACUCUAAUUCAGAACAAGAAGCUGAAGCGAGCAAUGAGGCAUCUGCCUCAACCUGUGGCGUCAAGUGCUUCACCGAUCUGCCGGCUGCGUUGGUCUGCGAGGUCCUUGCACGCCUCGAUGCAAAGGAUCUUGGAAUUGUAUCCUGUGUCUCCACCCUCCUGCAUGCCUUAGCCACAGAUCAUCAGGGAUGGAAGAAGUUAUACUGCGAAAGGUGGGGGCUUCCAGACCUUCCCGCUGCCCUGAAUGGGCCCUUGUUGCCAGGUGCCCCUCUAGAUGGGAAAUCCUGGAAAACAUUUUUCGUGGAGCGGGAGUUUAGGAGUAAAUCAUUCAUGGGAAGAUUCAAUGUGGAUAUUCUCCGUGGCCACAAUGAGGAUGUACGUGCUGUGUUCCUUUUGGUAUCAGCAAACCUGAUAUUCACAGGCGGUCGCGAUUCUGUGGUUAGGAUGUGGAAAAUGGAGGAAGGGUUAUUGAUUGAUACAUCCCGUGCACUUGGUGGUACCAUCCGGGCGAUUGCAGCUGACUCUAGGCUUUUAGUGAGUGGAGGAACUAAUGCCUAUAUCCAGUGUUGGAGGGCUGUUGAAGGCAAUGAUCACUUAUUUCACAUCUCUGGAAGUGGUACUGACCAGAAUGCGGAGUUUCGCCUAUGGGGGCAUGAAGGUCCUGUGACCUGUCUUGCCUUGGAUUCACUGAGGAUUUAUAGUGGUUCUUGGGACAUGACUGUUCGUGUUUGGGACAGAGCCCAGAUGGAGUGUGUGCAAAAGUUCAUGCAUGCAGACUGGGUGUGGUCUCUUGCACUGCGUGGAAAUACUGUUGCCAGUACUGCUGGUAGAGAUGCAUAUGUAUGGGAUAUCAGGGAUGGCGAGUUAACAAGCUUAGUUUCCAAUGCCCAUGUUGGUAACGCAUAUUCAUUGUCUUGGACACACCUGGUGGAUGUGCUGUUUACUGGUGGAGAGGAUGGCGCUAUUCGCUUGUUCAAUGUUUCUGAUGUCUCUGAUGAUGAUGAGGACAUUAAACCAGUGGCAACUUGGGUGCCACAUUCAGGUCCUGUUCAUUCUCUUGCUUUUGAGUAUCCAUGGCUUGUGUCAGCCUCGAGUGAUGGCAGGAUUGCACUUAUUGAUUUGAGGAAGCUUCUGACCCCCAAAAGAUCAUCAAAGGGUCUGCGUGUUAAGAGCUUUGAUGCAAGCGCAAUAGAGCCUCCACAGAGGAUGCUUCAUGGCGUUGGAUGUGAUCUCUUCUCCAUCGCCAUUGGUGCUGAUAGGAUUGUAUGUGUGGGUGAGGAUGGUUCUGUUAGAGUCUGGAACUUCUCUGAAGCACUGGAGAUUGAGAGGAGGGCACAGGCUCUAAGGAGUUUGAGGCAGGAGAACCGCAUGAGGCGGAGGAAGGCACAAGUAGAGAUGAAUGCAAAUGGUAGAAGGCCUGAUCAGUGCUCAAUAGCCAUGAAAAAGAACCAACUGAAGGGUGAUAAGAGUACCACUUGGCACAACAAGCGUACCAUAAAUGAGAAGGUCAAGUCUUAG